AAUGUCUGUAUGGAUUCUGUAUGAUUAUAGAUUCAGGAUGGGUUUCAUACAUUUCACCAUCAUCCAGGCAAAUUAAUGGGAAGAAUAAUGUUUUAUUGUGUGUCACUGGGAGCUUAUCUAAGAAAUGCUAUUCUGACAUUUCCUUUCUCUAUAUUCUACUACACAAAGAUAGCAGUCAUCUGUUUUUGUGCCAGAACUAACAGUUUAAUUUACGAAAUCUUUCCUUUUAUCAAUUUUAUCCUGACCUUUAACUACGUCAUCCUUUCUUGGCAACAACAGGGGGAAAUUUUCAUGCAUUAAAAAACAGCCAGAUUUGGGUUGACUGCAUCAAAAGUACAUAUAAACAAAUACUUGGAUGGGAGUUUAAAGUUGAUUGGUUUGGUUAUGUAGACCGAAAAAACAAAAACAACAGGGACCAGCAGUCCCUUAUUAUGUAUUCUGAUUGUGAAUACAUAAUAAGGGACUGGAGGAUUGUGCAUUACUUGUCCUCCUUCGUGUUUUAACUGCAGCAGGCUCAAUAAACCCUGCUUGUCCUUAUUGUUUUCAUGUCUUUUCAGUAUCAACACUGACCAAACGCAUAAUUAUUAUAAUAUAUUAAAGUGAUACUUAAAAGAGAUUAAUUAUAAUGAUUUUUUUAAAGCAUUCUCAUCUCUAGUUUGGUCACUUUUAACGCUAUUUCAAAAGUUUUCAAUUAACUUUGACUCCUGUCCGGUAGAUGCCAGUAGCGCAUAAAUAAUGCUCUUUAUACUACGCAAAAGAAGAAGCGUUUUUAUUGACGUUUCUGUAGACGUAUGGCAGCGCGAGAAGUGAAUGACGUCUUUGUAUUUAUUUUAUUGAUGGCGCUUUCCGGCCAAUCAUACAACGGGAAACGAAUGACGUUUUUAAAGUUCGUUUUAGAGCGUUUGUUUUUGCCCAAUCACGUUAAGCGAAUUCGGAAGCGCCAAGAGUUGAAGGCAAAUCUUGAGGCAAAGGCUAACGUAAAUUCUGAAGUACAUAUACACAAUUGUUAGGUAUUUUUUUAUAAACAUGCCCGUUUUAGCGAUAUAUUUAAAUGGAUGAAGUUAAUUUUGAUCGCGUUCUGCUCGUUUUACCUCAACGAUGUCUAGAGUUAUGAAAAGUAACGGACGCGUGCAUUUGUUUGCACUUCUAGCCGCUCGCGCUACGUUGUUGCGGUAGCGUUUAAAAUGUUCUUGUUUCGUUAUAUUAAAGUACGUGACGCCACGCCCUGUAUUCGUUUUUAUUCAUUCAAGUUGUUAACAUCCAUACAUCACCAUUUGAUCGUUGAAUGCGACAGUGCGUGAUCCAGUGCAGUUAUGGCCUCUCAGAAUGUGGUAUUUGCUAUCGAUGUGGAUUAUCGACCGGAUGAAAACAGCAGCACCGUCGGUGCCUAUCAAAAUCACCUCAAAAAUUGGAUAUUAAGAGUCCUGCUCUGUUGUGGUAAUAAAUAUGGACUGGAAAAAGUGCGAUGGGGUUAUAAAUUCUUUCAUUCGAGGACUGUGAAAAGUGCCACGCUUAUUGCAAGAGGCGCAGAUUUCAAAGAGCUUCACGAGAAGGCGUUCAGUGACUUCGAGGACGAACUGCGCGUCAAAUUCAGCGUGGACGGAAAGUCGCCUAAAUGUCGAGAUCGCAAACUAAAACCGAGUCCGUCGAGUUGUGUCCAGAAUGCUUUGAAAGAGAUCCUCCUUGAUUUCCAGUGGGACAGACCUGACCUGACAUCUCCCACCAAAGUGACACUGAGACCAAGAAGGUCGAGUCGAAAUGGCAGAAAUGUCCCCUUGCAGGACGAGGACCUGUUAAGCAUUGAUAAAAACGUCCUGUUUGUCAUUUCUGAAUGUCCACGCUCCAAAAAUGAAUUGGGGGACUACUUGUUUCUGCGUAGGGAUGACGGUAGACAACAUAAAGAUAUACGAGAACAGGUGCUGUCCAAAAGUCUCAUAGAUAUGCUUACCCAACGAAAAGUUGUGAUGCAUUGGGCUGAUUCAGGCAUAUUGAAGGCUAACAAUGGAGUAGAAGACUACACUGGCAUAGAAACAAUGGCCGAGCUUCUGGAACAGAUUGGUGGACAGGUGGUGCCCAUGCUGUCUUCAUGUUUGCCACUGAGAGAUCAACACCCAGGUGUAAGCCCUGCACUGUCUAUGGCAAUAGAUGUUUUCCCUAUAGAUUCUACCAAUUGCUAUAUUCAGAACUCCGGAAGGAUUUAUCGACAAGCAUUUCCUUGUUUGGGUGGAUCUUUUUGCUGGAUUGAAGGUGAGAACAGGCAGUCCUGUAGUGUGAUGCUUGAGCCUGUCUCGUGCAGGCAGAGAUUCAUGCGGCCUCCUAUACAGGUGACGCUCAAAGGUGUCCUGCAGACCUUGAGCACCCCCUUCCUGUCACAUUCAGCCUUAGAAAAUUGGAUACUGCGGUGCCCGGAUGCAGAGCAUGGCCAGGUGUUGUUUCAGCAUCUGAGGGAGCUGUCCACUGGAGGAUGUUCAAUGCUAGCGGAGGUGAAUGAAGGAGGUGUGGUUUGUUCAGCGGUGCUGUCCGUGCUGUCGUCCUCCACAGCUUUGCUCAAUGUCCUUCAGCCUUUGAUAACUCAGGGAAACGAGCACCUGCCUGAAAGUCUUGUUUCCUCGGAAACCACGGACAUCUCCACGGACUUGCCUGAUGUUGUCACCAGUGUUCUCAAUGUGAUAUACGGCAUCAUGGAGACCGAGGAUUGCACAGAUCAAGCAAAGCAGACAUUUGUUCCUGACUGGGUCAGUCAAGAGCUCAAACAGGAAUCUUGUCCAAGGAACAAUGGCCUGGUAGAGGGUUGGUUCCCUCUGUCUGACCAAUCAGGAAUCAGCUCCAACCUUAUGGAAUCAAUGAGAUUGCUGCAUGCAGCUCCUGAAGAUGAAGAACAUGCAGAGGAGCAUUCAGACUCUCAGGAGGAUCUUACCAGCUGUCUUUCAGAGCUCUAUCAGAGCAGCACAACUAGCUCUAAAAGCAACCAAAGGUCCAAACGAGGUACCCAGCGCACACCAGUAAGACAGAAGAUGAAGACAAUGAGUCGCUCUUUACAGAUGCUGAACGUUGCUCGCUUGAAUGUUAAAGCUCAAAAGAAUCAACCUGAUAGCAGCUCUACUGGUUCUGUCAAAGGGAAUGAAAAAGGGGGAAAGAGAUGCUCUGGCGAUCGAACCAAGCCUGGCCUCCUUCACUUCACCAAUGAGGAAGAGCUGCUCUCCCACCUGAAAACCACUUAUCAGAAAGCUGUGGAGGACAGAUCAGUGUCUGUUCUCUCUCAGGUCCAGGAUUUGCUCUUAGUUUUAAAGGCAUUCAUCAAAACCAACACAGAUGCGGAGGUUUCAUUCUUGGAUUUUGUGCAGAAGAAUCUGUUAAAAACCUCUCAGUCUAUUCGUCAGCUUUAUGGAGACUCUACUGAUGUUGAAAGUAAAAUCAGGGAAUGUCAGGUGCAAGCAGUUCUCAGACUUGAGUUGUGCAGACAACCAGAACAAGAAGAUGAUGAUGUUGUGGAACAGAGAGUGGAGGAUGUGGCUGAUAUGCUUCGGAUUAUCUCUCGGAGUAAGGACGCUAGUUACUUGUCGAAGUUUAUGCAGGAUGAAGUCCUUCCAGUGUAUUUGAACAUCAUCCCCAAGGCUCUGGCCGACGUCUAUCACAGUCUUGGGACUCAGCUUCCAGAGGCGCUCAUUGCCGUUCUUCCCUCUGACUUCUUCAGUGAUGAAUCUUUGGCUAAGGACAGCGUGUCUGUGAGUCCCUCCCCUUUUUCUGCCACGCAGAGCAACGUCUCCAGUGUUGCAGAUCACCUGGAGGAGCUACGCAAUCGCUCCGCUAAGAAAAGAAGACACAACAAGCUUACACGACACAAGAGCAUGACUGAAGCUCCUCAAGCACUUCGACAGAUAGAAAUGCCAAAAAAGUCCACGCGUCUGACAAAGCCAAAACUUUCCGCUCCAGUAGAAAAACCUGCCGUGGAGGAGCCACUUCCUCAAAAGCAAACAGUUCAAGAAGUAACAAAGGUUAGGAGGAAUCUCUUUAACCAAGUGACGGUAUCUCCUUCAAAAAAGUCCAAAAUGCCCAGAAGUCAGUCUGUGUCAGCGGUGGAGGGACUCAGAAAACGAAAGCGGUCAAAUGUGGAGGAUGACGAAAAACAUGCUCUGUUGACAAAGAAAGUAUCUGAGACGCCACUACAUAAGCAGGUGUCUCAUCGCUUACUUCACAGACAAAGAACUGGCAGGAGAUCUGGAGAAUCUGAUGUUUGCAUUAUUGAGGAAUCUCCUAUCAAACCAGCUGCUGACCUAAGGAGGAGUCCAAGAAUUAAAAGUCUUACUAGGCGACAUUCCAGCGUGUUUUAUUCAAGUUCGCAGCCACGUUCCCGAAACCUGGACCGUGCACUAUCCUCCUCUCAGCUUUGCCACUCUGAGGGUAAAGUUUUUGUAGGUGGAUUCAACGUUAGUUCUGUAAGGUCACCAGUUAGGCUUCUUUUCGGCGCCACCCAAUCCCCUGGUAGACUACGGCAGCCAACAUCAUCCUUUUCUGGAGAUCAGGGCAACAAAGAGUCGUCACAUAUCUCUGCAGCUUUUGAGAGUCGUAAUAAAACUCCACAAAAGUUACCUUCUGAUCCAUCUGGAUCUGCUGUUGGGUGCAGAACCCCUCAGUCCCCAAGAACUCCAUGCCGGACAGUUGGAGAGAAUGGGAUGACCCUAAGGGGGUCACCGUCUGCAAAAGUGGUUCACACGCCCAAGAAAAGCCCGCUGAAAGGAAUACUGAAGACGCCAAUGAAAAGCCUCCUGGAUUGUGUUUCUCCAAAUGGUGCUUGGCUGAGGAGCCCAAACAUAAAAACGCCAAAGAAAUGCGUCACUUGGUCUCCAUCUCCACGAAAGCAUCUGUUCGAAAACCCAGUUAAUGUGCCAGUCUCUCCCGUGUUUACAAAAAGGGUUUCACCUAGGCUGCUAACACUGGGCAAGAAUUCCAAUCCAGGUGAAAGGACUGAAGUUUUUAAGACACCUGACAAAGUGCCCCUGAGGAAUUGCAAAGCAUCUCCUGGCAAUGAAGUUUCUGGAAAUCUUGAUCCAGCGGAGUCCACUGUGAAGUCAGGAAAGAUUAGGAGAGCGCUGGCAUUACCUUGCAUGGUUACAAAAGGAUCUGAUGACAUUGGUUUCAUUGACUCAGAGGCAAUUCUUUUUUCACCUUCACCUUUUAAAUUGGAUAUAGAAACAAUAAUAGCAAGCCCCAUCUAUAAGAUGUGCACACGCUCUGGGAUGACGCCUGUAAAAGACUCCUCUUCGCCUUCUAACAAAUUUCAAGCCAUUCUAGGUACUAGCCCUUCUCCUCGUAAGCGUCUAGCUUCACCUAAAAAGAAAUCAAGUGUGUCCCCUGACAUGAAUAAAUCUGGUAUCAGCUAUCAAAGCAGUUUAGUUGGCGAAUCCAAAAACACUGAACAAAAUGAGACCAUCCAUAGAAAAGCUGAGGAGACUUCAUCGUCUGACUCGCAGCAGUUUGAUGGCUCUGAAUUUAGCACUACCACAGAGGAAGAUAGCAUUGAUAUAUCUAACGCAUCGGUAAUAAAGACCCAGCUGACCGGUGGCAUUAAAAUGAACAUUGCUUUCUCCAGAAAAUCCUCUGGAGUUUUCGAAUUCAAUAGCAAACACGCCACCCCAUCUCAAACAACUCCAAGUCGAAGCUACGGCUUCCGUCAGACACCAGAUCGCCGACAAAGAGAGGCAGAAGCCCGUCUUGGAAAGUCACCGGGAACGCCAAAGUUUUCCACCCCAAGAGCAAGAAAAUCUCUUGGGUGUGAAAAAGAGGCCACUGAGCCUCAGCCGCUAACUUAUGAAGUGGAGAUGGAGAUGCUAGCAUCAGGCCUGCCCAAACUGAAGUUAAGACGAAUAGAUUCUUUCAACGCAGGAGAGCCACCUAAUAGUGCAACCAAGGCCGUGCCCCCGCAUCUCAUGCAUCGUAACGUGAGGACCCCGCAAAAUGAAAGCCCUCUCGCGCAGUGUUCUAGACAUCGGGAAUUCGGCUGCAUUUCUCCCUCACUCUGCAGUCGCGGCACCCCUGCCAAAAGUACACCCGGAAACGGCGUACAGACGUACAUAUGUCAGUCAAUGACUCCAACGCGGUAUCCAACAUCUAACCAAUCCCCGCUGGGUGAAAUCACCCCUUUGACUCCAUCUCCCCAGAGUAGAGGGCGGUCGACCCCAGAAAACCUCAACAGUUGGCCACGUAAAAAAAGGGCACGGAUCGAGACGUAUGGGAACAAAGAGCAGGUCAUCAAAGGAGUGCCGCUUCUCGAAAAGACUGGGGUAUUGGAGGAUCCAGAGCUCGAAGGUGUAUUCUAUAUUCAAGGGGCGGACGAGCUUAAAGAAACGGUGAAUGCCCCAACCGGUCAAAGAAAAUUGGGCCUGCUAUCAAGACGGGACCAUCAGUGCUCACCAGAAGGCAUGGACUGGACUGAUACGUUGCAAGAGUGUGAUGUGAUAGAAACCGUUAAGCCUGAACAGUUCACAUGGAUGGGCAGAAAAGUGGAUACACCUCCAGGCCCUAAAAUGAAGAAACCGGUGUCUGCUAGUGGAAUCUUCGCCCUGACGCAGUCACCACUAUUAUACAAAAAAUCAACUGUGACAGGUGGAGCAUCACAAUUUGAUGGAUCGAAGUCUGAUGAUACGUCUCCUCUUUCCCAGUCCAGGCGACAAAGGACGCCAAGUAGGACAUUCCCCCGAAAGAAACUUUUAGACUAACUAACUAAUGUUGCUUUGAGAAAAUGUAAUUUUUAUAAAAUGUUUGUCUGCUUUAAAUGUUGUGUAUAUUAAGUGACAAUUUCUGCUUGUAUGAUAAUGCAUUACACGGUAUUGUAUAUUUUGUUCUUUUUGUAUAUUACAGAAAUGUUGCAACGGGGCAUUUGACCUGGUUUGAUUUUGUGGUUUUUAUGUGUUUUUUUUUUACUCAUUUGGCAGCUGUCAUAAUGUGAAUAAAUGUAAAUGUUAAACAGAUUAUUUUAAUAAAGACACUGUUUUUGAGCCUCUG